AUGUCUGUUCAUCUCCCCCGGGGCAAGUCGUCCAACUCCCUAAAAGACGAGCCGAAAAAAAAGGCAUUGAAGAAGUUCACCGCGGGCAAGGUGAGCCGCAAUUCCUCGUACGGGGCACAUCUCAACAAGCUCACGCGAAUCAAGAGCAACGACUCCGGGGGUUCGUCCUCGAACGAGCCCGAACGACCCAACUUCCAGCGCUCUAAGUCGUCCGCAGACAUGCUCAAGACCCUGUCGUACAACAAGCUGACCAACAUGAUUACUGCAAACGAGCGAACAAAGAGCAUGACCAACCUCAAGAUGCUCAACACAAAGCCUUCCAAGUACAAGCUGACGCUCGACGCCAGUGCAGACGACUCUGUUUCGUCCGAGGACGAGGAGGAGGUGGAAUCCUUCGACGACAACGGGCAAGACGAUGUGCCACCGUUGAAACAUCCUCAAGACAAGAGUUAUGUGCUGUCGCAGGUGUCAGGCCCGGAAAGACAGGCUAGCGAGAGCUCGAGGCCGUCGUCGUCGGAGCCGUCGCAGUGGUACAACGAGCCCAGCGUGCCUGAGACGCCUCCGAGCUCGACGCCCACCAAGACAUCGGUCCAGACCCGAACGCAGCAGAAGCUCUGGCUGCAGCGAGAAAACCUGCACUCGCUGGCCGACAUGGCCGACUCCAACAACGUCUUCGCAUCGAACGUGACGCGGCUCGCGUUCGAGCAGCUCUCGCGCGAGUUCCUGUCGAUCCGCAGAUACAGCAACCCGACGAUCAAGUCUCUGGCGCGGGUCAACGCCAGCUUGCUCAAGAUGAAGAAAACAAGGGACCCGCAGCGGGCCGACAUGUUUGCGGGCCGGCUCGCGGACUUUGGCGACGUGGUGGAGCGCAUGUGGAAGAAAAACUGCACCGACUUCGAACAGCAGCACAAGCUGCACUACGACGCUCCCGAGCGCAAGAAGCCGGCCCAGCCCCAGCCCCAGCCCCAGCCGGUGCGGCAGUACGGCCACCCGCCGCCCACCACGCGCGCACAGCAGCAGGCCAAACGGUCCUCGCUCAACGUGGUCAACCUACAGAACUAGACCAGUGUAUAUUUAUUAGCUCGACGGCACUCUGAACCGCGAGUACUGUCCUUCCAGAUAUAUCCGCUGUAGCGUUUCCUCGAGCUCGCCCGACUGCUUGAGCUCCAGAUACUUGCGGUACAGCCGCAGCGCCGAGUGCGCGUCCUCGAUCGAGUCGUGGUUGCCCGUCUGGACUCUGUCGUUGAAGAGCUGGUAGAUCAGGAACUUGAGUCCCAGUUUACGCUUCUCGCGCUUCAAAUAGAACAGCUCUGCCGUGUCGCGCACCUGCUGCGGCGGAACCUGGAUGUUUAUGGCGCGAAAGUCGCCGCUGAGCGAGUGGCCCACAAACACGCACCCCAGGUUCAGCAGCAGCCAGAUCUUGCGGUACGCCGUCUGCAGCGUGACAACCGUCUUGUUGGAUUUCUCUGGCGUCAGGUCGCCCGGCUCGAUGCCCGAGAACGACGUGAUGUAAUCGUUUAUCUUCGACUCGUCGGUCAGAAUGUAGUCGUCGAUGAAGCACACGCCCUCCUUGGGGCCUUCGCCUCGAAUCACAGAGACCCGCGCAAGAGACACUUUUUUCGGCCGCGCCAGCACUUUGGCCCCGUUGGAGCGGAAAAUGUACUCCUCCGGAGCGAGCAGAACAAACUCUGCGUCGAUAGCCACCAGCGUGCCCGGCUUUGGAGCCUCUUCUCGCGUCAGCAGCUCGUACUCGAUGAUCUUACCCUCACGAGUGCCCUGCGCGAAAUGGUCCCGGUACAGGAUCGAGUCGUCGAUCACGUGCUUCCAUCCGUCGUAGUCAAACUCGCGCUCGGAAAGGUCCUGAUAAACUGCCAGCACCGGCCGCUUCCACCAGUACGUGAGGUUUAGGGCCUCGUCCUUGGAUAUUCUCGUGACCAGGAAAUCGUUGAACAGGUACCACUCGCCCUCUGGCGUCCGUGUGAGCGUCACCAGGUGGUUUGUGUUGUCUCUAGAGGUGAUCUGCGCCACAUAGCCCACGAGCUCGUACCGCGUGCCUGCGUCCGCCACGGGGCCCGUGCGGAAGAUCAGCCUGCCCGUGGCCGCAGUAGUGUAGAACUCGGGCACGAGCCAGUUCUGGAAACUGCGCACUUCGUUGAGCUGCUCGUUGUCCAGGGCUACGUGCAGCAUCAGCACGCGCGGGAGCCGGCCGACGCGCAGCGUCGCGUCGAUCGCAUGGUAGCUCUUGCACACGUCGCAGAGGAUGCUGUGCUGUAACGUCUUGUUGACGGCGGCCUCGAGGUAGUUGAGGAUGGUGAACUCGGCCGGGAUCAGCGGCGGCGGCGGCAGCACGUUCAGGUCCAGGGAAUACACGUGCGCGGUGCUCACGUGCCGCAACGAGCAGAAGUACGAGUGCAGCGUUGUCUGGGCGACGAUGCCGCAGAGCUCGUUCAUGUGUUCCGGCACCGGCCGCCCGUACAGGUCUCUCUCGUCGCGCGCGAGCUGCUCGAGCAGGAACUUGUUGAACAGCUGAACGAGUUGGCGCUGGCCGUGGUCGUCACGUGCGCGGCCGUCGGCGCUGAGCAGUCCCAGCUGGCGUGGCUGCGGCAGCGAGCUGAACAGUUUCUGGAAGUUGGCGGCCACCACGUUGCGGCCGUUCGCCUUGACCAGCAUAUCCAUCAGGUACCCCAGCUCGGCAAGAAUGCAGUCGUCGUACUGCACGUCUUCCGCGAGCGUGCGCACGACAAAGUUGAAGAUCGGCGGGGUGAAGCGGUACAGCUGCAGCACUGCGUUGGUGUACGAGUUGUCGACGUGUGACUCGAGGCCCGAAAACCGCGUCGAAUUGUAGAACGUGAAGUCGAAGUCGUCGACGCCAAACUUGCUGUAUAGGAUGUCUGUCUUUUUGAACGCGUUGGGCACGUCGCUGCCUGUGGGCGUGUAAACAAACGCGUUGGCCAUCAUUUCGUGCUUUGCACGGAUUUUGUCCUCGUUUUCGUCGUAGUCAUCCUCGCGCUCGCUCAGAAACUUGGGAAACAGCGUGUCGGUGUCUCUGCGCGCGGUGAGCAGCUCGUGGCGCGCGGCCUGGUUGCGCGGGCCAUACUUGUGCGGGUCGUAGCGCGCGAUGGUGAACCCGUUGACGGUCUUGGCGUCGCGCAGGAUCUCGGGCUCGAUGGGCCGCGGCAGCUUGCCCACCUCGAACUUCAUGUCGGCAGGCCACGCCGACAGCAGCAUCGAGUCGUAACGCGGCAGCUUGAGCAAGUUGAACGGCGCGUCGGACUCGAACGAGAGCGCGUUUUCGCGCGGAACGGGCUCCACGUCCAGCGACGGCCGCACGGGUUCCUGGGAGAGCACGGCAAAGCUGGGCGGCCGCAGCAGCUGGUCGGUCCACAGAUGCACCGUCUGCAGCGCGUCGACAAAGGCAAGACACUCGCCCGUCGACGAGAUGUCAGACAUCGUCACAAACGCGCUCAGGUCCGCCUGGUACAGCUGUAUCCGGGAGGGGUCGAAGAUAUCGAUGAAGUUGAUCUGGCCCAUGCUCGACAGGAUCACCGCCACAUUCGGCAGCUUCGGGUGCAGGUGCACCUGGAGAGCGCCCGCGGGGAACGCGAUCGGCAGCCCGAGACUCAGUUUGCGCAGGUCAAACACGUUCACCAGCGGGUCCAGCACGUACUGGUCUUUGCGCACAGAGUAGCCGCACGUGACCAGCACGUUAUCUCUGACGGCCAUGGAUGAGAGCGCUGCCGAGUGCGCCUUCCAGGACUUGAGAACCUGGCAUGUUUUCGGGUCCAUGACGUCCACCGCGCCGUCGGCACGCCCCAGCACCACGCACCGCAGGUUCGACUGCAUGCACUGCACCGGGUGGGCGUACUCGAGGCGGCCGGACACCGUGCCGUUGGUGAGGUCGAUGCGCAGCAGAUUGCUGCUCGUUCCCACAAGCAGCUCUGUCUGCGUGUUGGAUGUGUACGCCAUGGAAGAGAACUGCACGUCUGCGGGCGCCGGAACGGUGUACUUUGUCAGGCCCUGUCUUGUGCCAAAGCGCACGCCGUCCGCUGCGAGCGACACAAUGCCCCUCUUGUGGUUGAGAAUUUGCAGCACAGGCAGCGUGUGCGCACGGAACGAGCAGUACAGUCCGAGUUUGAGGCCCUCGUACGAGUACACGUACCCGUGCGAGUCACCGAGCCAAAGCAGCUCGUGGGUGUCGUCGAACAGCAGCGCGGUGACGAUCUUGUUGGCGUGCUCCUGCGGCGCGUAUGGCAGGCUCUUGGGCACGCGGAUGCCCGGGACGCAAAUAAGCUGCGGUUAGGUUGCGGGACAGAUACUUACUUCACGCCAGCCGUCCAUAAUUAAAUAAACACCUCGAGC